AGCAUCAAACAUAAACCAAAGUUAGAAACAUCUCCAUCCAAUAUUCAGACACUCGAAGAAAAUGAGUUUCCUGAAGAAUUCAACAGCAAUGUCCCUCCUCCUCUUGCUGGGGCUGCUUCUUGCUGCUAGCAAUGCUUCUGCACAAAAUAUUUUAUCAUGUCCGGUGGAUGAUUUGGUCGCCUGUGUUGGCACCUCGGGAAAUGUCGCACCUACUACCCUGUGUUGCGCGGGAAUUGCCCAGCUUGUACGAAUUGAGGCCCAAUUAGGCGAAGAGGCGGCAAAGAAUUGCACCAAUUUGGUCAUAGCAACAGCUGGUCCAUUUGAUGUCGUCGCGCUCGAAAAUGCAUGCCACAACGGUAAUUAACUUAUUGUCUAGAAGGGUAACAGACGACCCCUAGGACUUAUUAUAUAUAUCUAUAUUAAUAAAUGGUAAUGUUAUACGUAUAAUGCUUUUAAGUAUAAUGGUUUUUAAAAUAUACAUGACUUGACAUU